CCUUUUCACCAAAGCUCCCUUCGAAAUUAAUUCUCAAUUUUUUUUUUUCUCUCUCUACAGUUAAUUUUACUUUCUCCAUUGUUAUAAAGUUUCAAUUUCUCAAGGAAAAAAAUACUUCAUCUUCCAUUAUGUACGCUCAAACGCUUCCAUUUUCUAAGCACAUUAUCCACAAUCCACCAACAAAGCGACAGAUUCCGGCGUUUCCACCGAAUUCGCAACUUGGGUUUUCAAAUUCAGCGAAAAGGGUUUCUGUAUCAGGAAUCAGUUCGAGAAAAAGUGCCCAUUUGGCUAUGAUCGUGUGUGGUGGGUCGCAGGAUAAGCAAGAAGUUGUAGAUGAUGGGUAUUACAUGAGGAGGUGUGUUGAGCUUGCGAAGAAGGCCAUUGGUUGCACCAGUCCUAAUCCAAUGGUUGGUUGUGUAAUUGUGAAUGAUGGUAAAAUUGUCGGCCAAGGAUUUCACCCUAAAGCUGGGCAACCUCACGCUGAGGUUUUUGCACUAAGAGAUGCUGGUGAUUUAGCCGAAAACGGGACAGCAUACGUCAGUUUAGAGCCGUGCAACCAUUACGGAAGAACGCCGCCCUGCACGGAAGCACUAAUCAAAGCCAAAGUGAAGAAUGUAGUGAUUGGUAUGGUCGAUCCGAACCCCAUUGUGGCUUCAACUGGAGUCAAAAAAUUGCAAGAAUCGGGUAUUAAAGUUACUAUUGGAGUCGAAGAAGAUAUGUGCAAAAGGCUCAAUGAAGCCUAUAUCCAUUAUAUGCUCUCACGAACACCGUACCUUACUCUCAGGUAUUCGAUUACACUUGAUGGCUAUCUACUGAAUGAGCUCAGUGAAGAAGCUAUGGAGUGUGGUGGAUAUUAUUCGAAACUUUUGCAAGAAUACGAUGCUAUUGUACUUUCUUCUACGGGAUUGGUCGACAAGUCUUCGUUUCCUAUUUCGAAUGAACCCGGGGCAAACCAACCUCUUAAGAUCGUACUUAAGAAAGAUUCUGCUUCGAAAUUAUCGAUAAUAUCUGAGGGAGAUAUAGUUCAAGAAGGAACAAGUUUGUCUGAAAUUCUCGAACACUGCAAGAAUCGAGGAAUGUGUAGUGUCUUAGUGGAUUUGAGGGGUGAUGACGUGGAUUUUGAGGGCGUAAUUAAAGAGGGUCUCGAGUUGAACUUGUUCCAGAAGGUUGUGGUGGAGGUUUUGCCGUUUUUCGGUGGUGGUGGUGAAAGGAGAGUGUUGAAGGGUAUGGAUGUAAAAGCGAAGGUGAAAAAGAUGACAUCGUUUGCGUCUGGUAAGAGUGUUAUACUAGAGGGGUAUUUCUGACUAAAUUUGUGUCGAAUAAAUUGCACGAAGAUCGGUGAAGAACAAAUGAAGGUCCUUUUUUUUUCUUUUUUUUUUCUUUUUUUGUGUUGUUGAAGAUGACUAUACGAGGAUGUAAUAGAGACGAGAACAAAGGUGUAAUUUAUUGAAUAAUAUUUUAUUUUUUUGGUAAUAAUAAAAUACGCAGCCAAGCAUACAAGUGCACUGGUUAAACUUA